AUGAGCACCUCGGGUCCUCUGAAAAAGAAAAGCUACAUGGGACAGCACCAGAUCAAAAAGAAAAUAAGUUUCCAGACGAGCGAUGCGCCACCAGACGGAGACGGGCUGUUGCACAAACCCUGCGACCUGUCAGACAAAACAAGCAAAUCAGACAACUUUUUUAAAGACAGCCGCAUGGGUGGAGGAGCUGUGUCUCUACUGGGGGAAUCCACUUUCGCUCUUGAUGAAGAGAUGCUGCAGGUGCUGGACGCUGUCAACCCUGUAAAGCCCGCAAUUAACAAGGCUUGUUCAACAGCAGUAAACAGGCUUGCUCGGGAGGAGCCAUCAGCAUCAGCUGCUUCUGCGGCUUCACGACCUCCUGCAUCAAUGGUACACAAUAAAAAAAAGAGUGACUUGGCGAAGAUCAGAGAAGAGGCGCCUGUUCAACCCACAGACCGAGGAACCAGUGGAGCCUCUAGCCCUCAGGAGGGAGUCUGUGAGCAGGGUGAGGAUGGUAAGAGACUGGGAUGGCGAGCUGACUGCAAAGACCUCGCUAAGAAGCUUCUCUUCAGUGAGGACUCUGAAGAAGUGGAGCAUGCUCAGAAGGGUCCAGAAAACAACCUUUCAAAACCUGCUUCUUCCUGUGUCAACAAUCUACCUUGUAAAGAAAUACAGAAGAGUCAGCAGGCAAGCAGUUCCAGCAAGCAGGGGCUUAUACCCAGAAGGAAGCACUCUCCUCCCAGCAAAGACAAAAGUGUGUCACGUAGUAAUGCUGAUCCAUCUCUGGAUAUAUCGAGGGACUACAUCUUGUUCAGCCCCACUCGUCUGGCAGCAGCAAUGAAGAAGGCCAAACUCCAGCGGUCAUUACAGAAUCAGUCUGCCUCUGUCCUCACAGUCCCCAGUGGCUUAGAGCUCAGCACUCUUAGCGACACGCUACUUCAGCCAGGCAUUGCUUUGUGUGCUCCUGCGGAACAAGCUGAAAAGCUGCUGUUAUCCAGCUGGGGCUUACCGAAACCUGUCCUGGAGCGCUACCAGAAACACGGAGUGACUCAGAUGUUUGAGUGGCAGGCUCAGUGCCUCACUGUUGGACAGGUGCUGCAGGGAGGUAACCUGGUAUACUCUGCACCCACCAGCGCUGGGAAAACACUCGUGUCAGAGCUGCUGAUGUUGAAACGGGUUUUGGAGACCAAAAGAAAAGCUCUCUUUAUUUUGCCAUUUGUCUCUGUGGCCAAAGAGAAGAUGCACUACCUUCAGACAGUAUUUGAAGAGGCAGGAGUACGCGUGGAGGGAUAUAUGGGCAGCACAUCGGCUGCUGGAGGCUUCACUGCACUGGAUGUGGCUGUUUGCACCAUAGAAAAAGCCAACUCUCUGAUUAAUAGACUCAUUGAAGAGGAUAGAAUGGAUCUUCUAGGUAUGGUGGUCGUCGAUGAGUUACAUAUGGUUGGAGAUUCUGGAAGAGGAUACCUGCUAGAGUUGCUCUUAACCAAAAUCCGCUACAUUGCACAGCGGCAGAACACCACAGGGUCUCUCUCUGACGGUGUACAGAUAAUAGGUAUGAGCGCCACUUUGCCAAACCUCUCCCUCCUGGCUAAAUGGUUAGCUGCAGAGCUUUACCAGACAGACUACAGACCUGUGCCCCUGAAGGAGCAUGUCAAGGUGGGCUGCGACAUCUAUGACAAGAGCCUCACUGUGAUCCGGCAGUUCACCCCUGCUCUCCACGUUAAGGGUGAUGAUGACCACAUAGUGAGCUUGUGCUAUGAAACGGUGAGAGAGGGCCACUCUGUGCUGCUGUUCUGCCCUUCAAAGAACUGGUGUGAGAAGCUGGCAGACAGCAUUGCUAGAGAGUUCUAUAACCUCAGGCAUGCUGGUGAAGCUGAGCCUCAGCCAGUGUGUCUGGACCGAGACGGACUAGUGGAUGUAACAGCCCAACUGAGACGCACUCCGGCUGGCUUAGACCCCAUCCUGCAGCGCACUGUGCCAUGGGGAGUGGCUUUUCAUCACGCUGGUUUGACAUUUGAUGAGCGUGACGUGUUGGAGGGAGCUUUUCGUCAGGGCACGGUCCGAGUCCUGGCUGCCACGUCCACCCUUUCCUCAGGGGUUAAUCUGCCAGCUCGCAGGGUUAUCAUUAGAACGCCUACUUUCAAUGGGCACUUGUUGGACCCGCUCACAUACAAACAGAUGGCCGGGCGAGCAGGGAGGAAAGGGGUGGACACUACAGGUGAAAGUGUGCUGGUGUGUAAGCAGGCAGAGCAUCAGAAAGGUAUCAGCCUCCUUAAAGGUGCUCUUCAGCCAAUCAGCAGCUGCCUUGUGAGAAGAGAAGGAGAAGGUGUUACCACCAGCAUGCUGAGGGCCAUCCUGGAGAUCAUUGUUGGAGGCGUAGCCUGCACUCCACAGGAUGUGAGAUUGUAUGCUUCGUGCUCACUUCUGGCUGCCAGCAUGAAACGUGAAAGCAAAAAAGAAUCAAAUGAGGAGACCAACAAAGGAGCUAUUGAGGCCUGUGUUGAAUGGCUGAUGGAGAAUGAAUUCAUUAGUAUCCAGAAAGAGGGACAUGAUGAGCGCUACUGUCCAACCCAGCUCGGUGCUGCCACCCUUUCUUCCUCCCUCUCACCUCCAGAGGCUCUGGGAAUAUUUGCUGAUCUCCAGCGGGCCAUGAAGGGCUUUGUACUUGAAAAUGAUUUGCACAUCCUAUAUCUGAUCACGCCGCUCUACGCCGAGUGGACCACCAUAGAUUGGUAUCAGUUCUUCUGUUUGUGGGAGCAGCUGUCGUCAUCGAUGAAGAGAGUAGCAGAGCUGGUUGGCGUCCAGGAAGGCUUUCUUGCACGAUCUGUCAGCGGCAAACUUGUUGCCAAGACAGAAAAGCAGCAUAGACAGAUGGCUAUUCAUAAAAGGUUUUUCACUACUCUUGUACUGCAGGAUCUGGUGAAUGAGGUCCCUUUGGGAACUGUUGCAUCUAAAUACAACUGCAAUCGUGGGCAGUUACAGUCUCUCCAGCAAUCUGCAUCCACAUAUGCAGGUAUGGUAACUGUGUUCUGCAAGCGUCUGGGAUGGCACAACAUGGAGCUGCUGCUGUCUCAGUACCAGACCAGACUCAGCUUUGGAGUCCAGAGGGAGCUGGUCGAUCUGGUCAGGGUUUCUCUUCUGAAUGCAACACGAGCCAGAGCGCUGUAUGCCCAAGGCCUCUGUACUGUUGCAGAACUAGCCCGUGCUACUGUAGCUGACGUGGAGAAAGCCUUGCGGAAUGCAGUCCCGUUUAAGAGCUCUAAGCGUGCGGUGGAUGAGAGUGAGAUGGAGGCAGCUGAGAGACGAAGCCUCCGCUGCGUCUGGGUCAUCGGUGGACGAGCUCUGACAGAACAGGAAGCAGCGGAAGAAAUAGUUUCUGAGGCAAGGCUCCUUCUUCAAGAAGACCUGGCCCAGUUAGGAGUUCAGUGGGACCCGACAACGCUUCCUGCUGGUGCUCCUGCUGUAAACAGCCCUGAUGACGCUCACAGCAGGGACUCGGACACAUCAUCUGACUCACAUCUCAGCUCACAUGAGACACAGACAGACAGCGCUGAAGAGGAUCAAAAGCGAAAGCAGAUCAAGAGGAGAGUUACUGAGAAAAAUAGAGAGGAGAGGAAGGAAAUUGUUCAAAUUGAGAAAAGGUUGGCUGAAGGGACAAGAAAAGGUGGGCAAGAAGGAGAAGCCAGAAGAGAGCAGUGGAACUGCAAACCUGAAGUGAGGGAAUUAAAGAGAAUAUUGGAGGAGCCUAGAAAGAAAGACAGGGCUGCAUCAGAAAUCAGACAAACAACCAAUGAAGUUCCAGUGGAAAGAAGUGAAGAAACAAUAAAAACAGGGGCAAAUACAUUAAAGGCAAAUAUAACAGAAAAUCCAGAUAAGGUGAAAAAAAGAAAACAGAAGAACAUAGGGUCAGUACAAGAAGGAGAAGAGUGCAAAAAAGCAACACCAAAAGAAAGAGAGACAAGUAAAGGGUCUGUCUCAAUCAGACCAGAGAAUCAUCAAACCAUUUGUCUUGUUCCUGAAAGGAGUCUAACACAGGAGUUGUCUGAGAUUGUAGCCAGCCCCCUGUCUCAACUGUUGCCACAGCCAGAGCCCUUAUGUUCUCCAAUGCUGCUCCCACGCUUUAGAGCCCCAAUAUCCCGGCAAGAACAACAACAAAGUGUUUCAACAAGGACAGCAAAAGGAAACUGCACCACAGGGCUUACUGCCUCACCUGUGCAGUCAGGUAUACUGAAGCAUUCAAAAGCAUUAAGCAAGGUCCUCCAGUCCAUACAAACUGACAAAAGCCUACAAGAUAAUGUAGAGACUGCACAGGCAUCACACUCAAAACCCACAAUGGAUUCUUCAGUCCAAAACUCAGUGCCUUCAGGUACCGCUACAGCUGUUCCUGCUCCUGUUGAAGAAACACUUCCUAGUGUUUCUGCACCUACAAAUGCUGAUGUGUUAGACUCUCCUUUGUCUGUCUCUCCUGAGGCCAAGCGAAGAAAGAUAGAUGGCAAAGAAGCAGAUAAGUUUUCAUCUCCUGAACUCUACGCAGCAGACAAGACAAAUGAAGAGGCUGAAGGAGAUGUUAAAAUGGGAGAGGAGAGUUUUGGUGACAGCUUUGAACUGGACACUCAGACAGAAAGAAUCAUUGUUCAACAGACAGACCAACACAGAGAAGACAAUGGCAGACGUAUGGAUGAGUUGGUAGAAACUCAAAAGACAAGAGAAGAGGAAAUGGUAGAAACAGCAGUCGAGCAUGCUGAGAACAAAGAUGAGAGAAGAAAUGAGCUUGAAGGGCCUAAUAAAGCAUCUCCCAGAUUCAAUAUUUCUCUCACAGAUAGCCAGAUGGAACUCAUCCUUAACACCAGCCACCAGAUUUCCGUUGGUCCAGGUGGUGGCCUUAACGCAGAUAACAAUGAAGGUGCACGAGAUGAUCAGAGCCCUGAUGCUAAUCAGGCUGCUUCUGAGAAUUUUAACAAAAGCAGCAGCUUCCUGUUCGACAGCCUGUAUGACAGUCCCCUCCUGGCAGGUCUGAGUCCUGACCAAUCAGACGAAGACGAAUCUAUCAGCCAGGAGGUCAGAGACAAGUGUCCUCCUCCAUCCACCCAGGACAGACGACGCAGCGAGCUUCUAGCCAACCAGGAGGCAGAAAAGCAGGAGGCAGUCCAAUGGGGCGAGUCCUCCUUUAACCUGUCAGAGUGGGGCGACUCGCUGUUGGUCGGUGAACAUUUUCUGGAGCGGCAGACUUUGUUGAAACCCACAGAAAGAACUGAAACAGUGCAAGAGACAAGCUACCAUCAAGUGAAGCCACCAAACACUGACAAUGUUCUGUGUGAAGAACAGCAGUCAAAGCCACAAUCUGAACCAUGUGGGAUACAGCCACAGCAUACGACUACAGCUCAAAAUGAGUUUAACAAGGAAAAAGCUAUUAAUAAUCAUGACCAUAGAAAUGAAAUUAAACAGCAUAAUAAUGCACCAAAAAACGUUAAACAAGGUGGGAGACAGGGACUGAUGAAUGAAGACAGUGGAACUGGGAAUCAGGGAGAGAAGAAAAGAACUGAGGAAAAAGACAAGGAAGAAAAAAUGGAUGCUUUAUUAUCAGAUAAUGCAGUUUUUAAACACCCACCUGUCCAAAACGCACCUUUUUAUUGCAGCCCUGGUAUACAAGACAUCUUUGACCGCUGGCCAAGUAUGUCUGACCAGCAAAACAAAACAGGAGGCCUCACAGUCACUCAAACACCCACCACUGCUUCAGUGAUACCUCAGACCUUGACAGAAGCUGGCAGAACAAGGGGAAAGUUAAAGCAGGCUGUUUCUGGUGACAGUGACUCUGAAAAAGGACAAACCUCGAAACAUGACGGUGAGAAUGUAACAGAGCGGCCAGGCUCUGCUGGUGACCUUAUUCCCCCAACUCAGGAAACACCACCUGUCACACCAAGAGUAAAACUAACAACCUCAUCUGUUCAGUCGCCUCUCACUGCUCAACUACGUAACCAGUCAACUCCCUCAAGCCUUUUCCAAGGAAAAUCGGCAAAAUGUCUUAAAUCUCACUCAGGAAACAGUAAUCAUCUGUCAGGAGUUGUUUCUUACAAUAAACAGCUGAAAACUGUCCCUGAACAUCAACACAAAUGUCGUAGACUGGAAUCAAAGAUGCUACCUAAACCUGAUCUGGAGUCUGUACCACCCUCAAGUUUGAAAACCAAACCCUCCCCACAUACCAACCAGAAACUCUCUCCUCCCAGAGACUCCACUUCUCAAGCCUCCCCUGAGCCAAAGCAUCUGUCUGAGACAGAAUCGCCUGAAAUUCAUGAAGGCUUCACUCUUCAGCUCUCUCAGGAUGCAUCGCUGUCUUCUAGCAACUCUGGGAGCUUCUCCAUCAUAGAUGUGGCAAGUGACAGACACCUCUUUGACACUUUCAUUAAAGAGUGGACAACAAAGGAGCGCUACUCUCUGACUUUGGCCUGUGAAAAGAGGGAGCCCAGACAGCAGCCUGACGGGGAAAUAGGAGGAAAACAUAGGCGAGUGUCAGCAGCUCAUCAGAACACUGCUAAUGGUUUCCCAGUAAGGAACAGUGAAGGACUUGUGUUGAUUGGACUGUCUGUCUGCUGGGGAGCAAGAGAUGCAUACUAUAUAUCUCUGCAGCAAGAGCAGAGCAGAGGUCUGAGUUCCAGUCUGGCCCCACCUCCACUGGAUGAUGAUUUGCCAGUAAGUGAGCGGCUGCUGCAGGUGAAAUCUUGUCUCAGCAGACAAUCUGCUGAACAUGAAGUGCGAGUGGUCGUCACAUAUGACAUCAUCCAGGUGUACAAAACGCUAGUUCUGAGCUGUGGCAUCAGUUUGGAGGGAGAUUGUGAAGACCCAAAGGUUGCAUGCUGGCUGUUGGACCCUGGCAGCGAGGAGAGGACUCUACCCAACAUGGUGACUGUCUACUGUCCUGAAGAGUUAGCUCUGCUGGAUGGACUCGGGAAUGCACAAUCAUACUGUCCUCGAGUCAGAGCGGCAACGAAGAGUGUGCUCAUACACGCUGUCAUGAACCAUCUCACUGCCCUGCUGGAGGGAGACGGCACACUAGAUGUAUUCAGGAACAUAGAGAUGCCUUCCCAGGUUUGUUUGGCCCUGUUGGAAUUAAAUGGAGUUGGCUUUAGCACUGAAGAAUGUGAAAGACAAAAACAUGUGAUGCAAGCCAAACUGUCAGCGCUGGAAUCUGAAGCUUACAGCCUCGCUGGACACAGCUUCUCCCUCACUAGUGUUGAUGACGUAGCUCAGGUGUUGUUCUUGGAGCUCCACCUGCCUCCAAAUGGUGAUGUAAAUGCAUCAAAAAGUAAGAAGACUCUGGGCUACACUCGGAGAGGCGGUGGCAGAGUGCGACUGGGCAAGCAGUUCAGCACUACCAAGGAUGUCCUGGAGAAGCUUCGCCCUCUGCAUCCGCUGCCAGGUGUAAUUCUGGAGUGGAGGCGGAUCACUAAUGCCUUGACUAAAGUGGUGUUCCCACUGCAGAGGGAGAAGCAAUGUCACCUGACACUGAAGAUGGACAGGAUAUACCCCAUCGCCCAGACGCACACAGCCACAGGUAGAGUGAGCUUCACUGAGCCCAACAUACAGAAUGUCCCCAAAGACUUUGAGAUCUACAUGCCCACGGUGGUGGGUGAGAGUCAGACUUCACAAGACGGCUGCCACAUGAGCAGCAAAGCGGGAAAGAAGAGACGCUCUGUGGUGCCCUCAGUCACAGCUGAACCUGCAGAACAGGGCCCUGCAUUCUCCGUCAGCAUGAGACAUGCUUUCAUUCCUUUUUCAGGUGGAAUGAUAUUAGCUGCUGAUUACUCCCAGCUGGAGUUGAGAGUUUUAGCUCACCUCUCAAAGGACCAGCGCCUCCUGCAGGUGCUGAAUGGAGGAGCAGAUGUGUUUCGCUGCAUCGCUGCUGAGUGGAAAAGCGUUGACCCAGAAUCUGUGCAAGACAGCCUCAGACAACAGGCAAAACAGAUUUGCUACGGCAUUAUCUAUGGGAUGGGAGCCAAAUCUUUGGGGGAGCAAAUGGGAGUGGAGGAGAAUGAUGCAGCCUGCUACAUCGAGAGUUUCAAAGCCAGAUACAAAGGGAUCAAUGCUUUUCUUAAACAGACUGUUAAGAACUGUAUAAAAGAUGGCUAUGUUCAGACGCUGAUGGGCCGUAGGAGAUAUCUGGCUGGAAUCACCAGCACCAAUGUGCACAUCAAAGCUCAUGCGGAGCGGCAAGCAGUGAACACAACCGUACAGGGUUCAGCAGCUGACAUUGUUAAAUUGGCCACUGCGAACAUCCAGAAACAGCUUCGAAAAUCAUAUCCUGCAGCUCCACUGUCUCACCAGCACACACACUCAGCUCGAAAUAACCGCAGAGCUGGGACGUCUCUACUCAGAGGAGCCUACUUUGUCCUGCAGUUGCAUGAUGAACUCAUCUACGAAACCACAGAAGAAGACCUCAUACAGGUUGCACAGAUAGUCAAGCGGGAGAUGGAGUCAGCAGUGAAACUAUAUGUGAAGCUAAAGGCCAAAGUUAAAGUGGGACCCAGUUGGGGGAACCUGCAGGACCUUGAUAUAUAAAGUGAAUAAUUUAAUAUUUCCAAAUCUAACACAAUGCACUUUUUUUCCUCAGUGUUAUUUAAGAUAUGUAGAUACUAUCAUAUGCACAAACUCAUUUUUUAAAAUCACAAUAAUGAAAUGCAACUUAAAUCCAGUCUAUGGUUUUGCUAUGAGAACUAAAUGAACUACUGAAUGUAUUUAUAAUUCUAUUCUCUAGUGUACAAUAUCAUAAAUGAUGCAUUUUCCCAAUACAUGAUAGCCGAUGGAAUAAAUGUAAAAAAUACUGUCUGCAACAGUCAGGGAGGUUGAGGAUUUUAAAACAGAGACUCAGCAGUUUUAAUUUUGUAGACAUCCUGAAAUCUCACAUUUUAUUGGACCAUGGGUUGAGCUGUCGGUCACAAGAACAUACAUCAUUUUCAUUGUCACUCAUUAACACUGUUUUGUUUUACAUGUAAGUUUACUGCACAAGAAGUCUUGUCAAUAUGGUAGACAUUUGCUGUGCAAAGAAAAAUGUAACCACCUGUGGUUAUGGGCAGAAAAAUAAAAGAAUGCCAAGGAAGCAUUUUGUGUGACUUCAGUUUUGACUGUUUGGCUUCAGUUCAGACGUUUAUUCAAGACAGAUGACAAAUCUUACUUUAUCGUCAGAUGGAUCUCAACAAACUCAAUACAAAGCUUGAUUUUAAUGAUUGAAUUCAACAUUGACAUUAUUGCCAAUAUAAGCCAGCGCAGGCUAUUUCAAGACCCAUUUUACAACCUUCCAUGGGAACUAAAUGGGAGGGUGGUUUAUAUGCCUGGAUUAACAGGUUUAGGAUGACUUGCUCAUUAUUGAUUAACAAUUAACCAGUGCACCAUGACUCAACAGAGCUCAUCAACACAGGCUCAGUUUGACACAAAAAAGGAGUAACAAGUAAAUAAA